UAACUGUCUGCAUGAAACGGUAGUUUCCUGAGGGGAUAAGGCGCAGAGUAACUUUUUCCAUUCAGCAAGAAGCAUGGCAAGAAGUCAAGACGCCAACCAGGAGCUCGCUCAAGUGCUAAACGAAAUAUGGCACCUUGAUACCAACCGUCUCAGGCCGGGGACUGAUUACGUCAUCUCCCUCCAGGGGAGAGCAGGUUAUGUGGCUAAGGGCAGUAACUAUGCCAGAGACAAGGCCAGAGCUCCACUCUUCACGUACGUCAACGAGGAGAAACUCAAGAGUAUCGAGACAUAUGCACAUUUCAUCAACUUGCUGGACAACUAUGAGAUGUCCACGGGCGUAUCAGAGACGGUGACGUCAGAGGAGCAUCAAGAGAACCGAAUCUUUAUCAAUGCCCUGAUGGAGACGGAUGUCAUGAAGUGUGCUCACAAGUAUCUGGUCAGGAAGGGCCAGUCGCCAUCAGACCCCUCACAGUUCAAGAGACAGCUGUAUGACAUCUGGUUUCGCCUCUACCACAGGGACAGGAGUGGAGGUGAGGAUUCCUGCGGAUUUGAACAUGUGUUUGUGGGAGAAACCAAGCACGGCCAGGAGAUCAUGGGUCUUCACAACUGGGUCCAGUUCUACCUGCAGGAAAAACACGACCACAUUGACUACAAAGGCUACAAAGCAAGAGACAAUAAAGACACACCCGAUGAAGACGACCACGUCCUGAACCUGCAGUUCAGCUGGAAAGGCCUGGUGAAGCCUAUUGGCGGCUCCUUCAUUGGCGUCAGUCCAGAGUUUGAGGUAGCUCUCUUCACCAUCAUCUUCCUCAUGUCGAACGAGAAGAUGACGUCUGUGGUGGUGAAAGUGGAUGAGUACGUGCUGGAGCUGGUCGUCUAUCGGCACGGGCGAUCCAUCGGCACGUCCUACCCUAAACUGCUCAGCAGCAACAACAGGGAUUUGUAAUGUUACACCACCUGAGCUGGCAACUAUCAUGUAAAGAUUAAUAUUUACAACUUAUGUAACACUCUGAUUUCAUUCCUUUGCAUUAUAAAUUUAUGACAACUGGAUCAGGUUCUCUUUGCACUAAACGUCUAUAAUAAGUAAAGUUUGUAGCAUAAACCUUCUGAUCUGGACAUUUAUCUGAGUUAUUCUGUAUAAUAUUAUGGAAAAAAAUAAAGUUUCAUUUGUUUACACACUA